UCCCCCCGCCUUCAUCCAAGCGGAUGAAAACAAACACUAACGAUGGCGGCGCCGGGAGUCGACCGGCAGCUGGGCUUAAGGCAGGAGUGAUCGCUUGAGCUGUGAGGGCACUCUUGCAGAGCGCCAGUCAACGUGAGUGCGACAACUCGCGCAGUCCUGGGAGUGAAACACCCGGGGCCCCUGAGCCACGAGCCUCCUGAAGCUUGAGGUAUCUAUCUGCGACCCUUGCUGUCACUGCAGCUCCGGGGCGUAGAGUCCUCAGCCAGGAGGCGCAGCUGGCCGGCCCCAGGCCCCGGCCUCCGUAAUGAGAGCCCAGAGCCAAUCUCUGUGUCGCAGCUUCGCAGGUGAGGGUGACUGUUGACUAGUGAAAAAAGGGACCCAAGGUUCACGACUAUCUUCUUACUGGCAGUGGAACGACCUGUGGAAACCGGCGAUCCAUUCUCAUUUAAUAAAUCUCUGGGGGAUUUUCAGCUGGAAGUCUCACCUGAGGGGAGGACGCUCCGCCCAUGCCUCUCAAUUGGGACUCCAGCCUGUCUCCACGAGGCUUCCGCUAAUGAGGUUGGAUGUUAUUCCUAUAGGCAAUGGAAACUGAUCUCAAUUCCCAGGACAGAAAGGACCUGGACAAGUUUAUUAAAUUUUUUGCCCUCAAGACUGUCCAAGUGAUUGUCCAGGCUCGACUUGGCGAGAAGAUUUGUACUCGUUCAUCUUCAUCCCCAACUGGUUCAGAUUGGUUCAAUUUAGCAAUCAAAGACAUCCCAGAGGUUACACAUGAAGCAAAAAAGGCCCUGGCGGGACAGUUGCCUGCCGUUGGGAGAUCGAUGUGUGUGGAGAUCUCACUCAAGACUUCUGAGGGAGAUUCCAUGGAGCUAGAGAUUUGGUGUCUCGAAAUGAAUGAAAAGUGUGAUAAAGAGAUUAAAGUUUCCUACACGGUGUACAACAGACUGUCGCUGCUGCUGAAGUCCCUCCUUGCCAUAACUAGGGUGACACCAGCUUACAGACUCUCCAGAAAACAGGGGCAUGAAUAUGUCAUAUUGUACAGGAUAUAUUUUGGGGAAGUUCAGCUGAAUGGCUUAGGAGAAGGUUUCCAGACAGUUCGUGUUGGGACAGUAGGCACCCCUGUGGGCACCAUCACUCUUUCUUGUGCUUACAGAAUUAACUUGGCAUUUAUGUCUACCAGGCAGUUUGAGAGGACUCCACCUAUCAUGGGGAUUAUCAUUGAUCACUUUGUGGACCGUCCCUAUCCCAGCUCCUCACCCAUGCACCCCUGUAAUUACAGAACUGCUGGUGAGGACACUGGAGUAACAUAUCCUUCUGUGGAAGAUUCUCAAGAAGUGUGUACCACCUCUUUUUCCACCUCCCCUCCGUCUCAGUGUGUGUUUACUGUCACAAAGGCACAUUUUCAGACCCCUACUCCUGUGGUGACGGACACUCUGAGGGUCCCCAUGGCAGGACUGGCCUUUUCCCAUCAACUCUCAAGCUCUCGACUUUCCUAUCAGCCUGCUGCCCUGGGCGUUGGAUCAGCUGACCUGGCUUACCCAGUAGUGUUUGCUGCUGGCCUAAACGCCACACACCCUCACCAGCUCAUGGUUCCUGGGAAGGAAGGUGGGGUACCCCUUGCUCCCAACCAGCCUGCCCACGGUGCCCAGGCUGACCAGGAGAGACUGGCAACUUAUACUCCGUCUGACGGGGCGCACUGUGCUGCCACACCUUCCAGCAGCGAGGAUACUGAAACGGUAUCAAACAGCAGUGAGGGCCGGGCAUCCCCCCACGAUGUCUUGGAGACCAUCUUUGUCCGCAAAGUGGGGGCUUUUGUCAACAAGCCCGUCAACCAGGUGACCCUAACCAGUUUGGACAUACCCUUUGCCAUGUUUGCUCCCAAGAAUUUGGAGCUGGAGGAUGCCGAUCCCAUGGUGAAUCCUCCAGACUCCCCACAGCCCGAAUCUCCUCUCCAGGGCAGCCUGCACUCGAAUGGCUCCAGUGGGGGCAGCAGUGGCAAUACCCACGAUGACUUUGUCAUGAUCGACUUCAAACCGGCUUUUUCUAAAGACGACAUUCUUCCGAUGGACCUGGGGACCUUCUAUCGUGAAUUUCAGAAUCCCCCUCAGCUGAGCAGCCUCUCCAUAGAUAUUGGAGCGCAGUCCAUGGCUGAGGACUUGGACUCACUACCAGAGAAGCUGGCUGUGCACGAGAAGAAUGUCCGAGAAUUUGAUGCCUUUGUAGAAACCCUGCAGUAAAAGUGGAGGAGAGGCUGGUUUCCCCCAUGGGGACCCGGAAGUCCUUGUUCUGACACCUCCUGGAGACUCCAUGGCAGCAGUCAAGCCCGGUGAUAGCAUUUGAGAGACUCACCCCCUGGCCUUGGAGAUUGGAAGACACUUUAUAACAAAAGGGCCCUCGGCAGGGCCAUCUGCUUCCACCGCCCAUCAGCGACUGCUUCACAAUGGCUGUCAUCCCGUUCCUCCUGCCGGCCCCCUGCCCUGGGUCCUCCCUGCAGCUGGCCCCUUGCUGACUUACCAUCAAGCACUUGACAUUCCAGCUCCUGGCCCAGAGCCUGGCAUGGAGGCAGAAAGAGGAAGGAGACAGUGCUGGGAGGAAGAAGGAAGGGCUCCUUUAGGCUCUUUUUUGGUCCCCUUUGGUUUGAUGUCUUCUCUCUCCUUCCCUGUCUGCGCCCCUGUGCCCGUACUUUUGGCAAUAUGACAGGCCUCUUGCCCAAGGUGGCGAGAACUCCAGAGUCAGCCAUUCCCACCCUUGAGGGUUGUGCCAGCCCAUCUCUCAGCUGAGGCUCUGAGCAGCCCUGGUGGCUGGCUGUGCUCAGCUCCUCAGCUCCAUGGAAGCAGAAUCCUGGGUCUCCAGGAUUCUCUCAUUGGGAGUCACAGCAAAGGUUCUUUUUCUCUCCUUCCUCCCCCUAUUGCUGCUCCUUGGUUAUAAAACACGGUAAAUAUUUAUUACUUUUCAGAGAAAUCAGAUAUUUUAUAGAGAAAAUAUGUUUGAGGUUAGAUGUUUUCACUUGGGGAAGGUGGAGGGCCUCUUCCUGGAGUAGGGCCUCCUCCUCAGGAGGCUCCUCAGAUUCUGGGUUGCUGCUCUGAGGAUCUUCCUUCCCAUAUACAUAAGGUGGGCUCCAAGAAUAGGGCUGGCUGAGGGCAACGGAACCUCCCAGAAUCGCUGCACUUGAACUGACGACAGGCUUUACCUUAGACUCCUACAUAUUCCUGGUGAGAGCCUUGAAUCUCUCCCAGCUUCUGCAGAGCAACUGACUCCAUUCUCGCAGCCCAGGAAGUCUUGGAUGCUAGAUGUGUACAACUCUGUGUGUACAACUCUUCAGAGUUGUAUAGUGACAUAGAGUGCAAUGUAUGUGCCCCACUGUGGCCCCAGGGAAGGCCAGAGGGGCCCCUCCUUCUGGGGGACUUGUUUCUGUUUCUCAGGGCUAGGUUAUGGGCCUUUUCCUCUUUCCACCUGGGCCUGGCUACCACCUUUCUUUAAUCCCAGGGUCUGCACCCCGUCCUGAGGUUUACUAGCUGGAUUGGUUCCUUGUUGAGAAACCAAAGCUAGGCAUAUGAUUGACUUAACCAUUUAGGUAUUGUUCCUUGAGUCAGUCAAGCACUUAGCCUCACCCACCUAUCAUCUCUCCCUCCCCCAGCCUACCUGGUAGUCCUGGCCAAGGGAAACAAGGCCCGCCCCAUUCCUCCUGGCCUACCUGGGUUGUUAUUGGCGGCAGCUGUUCUGCCUUGGAGCAGGUGGUCCUCAGUUGCUUGUUAGUAAAUGCAUGUGACAUCGUUCCCACUGAUUAAGGCUCAACUCUGAGGGCUGGAGUGCGCUCUGAGGCUGUCUCAGGUAGGCUGAGUCCUCCUGUUGCAUGCAUUCUGCUGCCACAAAGAAAUGUUCCCAGCAGUGGUGUCCGGCUGGCCCUCCUCUUUCAGGGCCAGAGUGCACCCAUGGUCUGCUAAACCAAUCCAGAUCUACCCCGCAGGCCCCAGUGCUCAGAGGGGUGAAGCCCUGGUAAGCUGUUGAUCACCCCCGCCCCCCACGUCCUGCCACAGCAUCUCAGCCACUGUGAGCAUGGGAAGGCCUGUUAGCCAUUGUCCUCUUUGACUCCUGAUUGUUGGCCUUUGCGGGCAGCAGGCUUUCCUUUAGGACCCUGUCAGUGAGAGGCCAGGGAGGCUGAGCCCUGAGCUGAGAAUGGGAGGAGCAGAGCAACUGUCAAGGCUGGCCCUCAGCCCUCGGCCCCAAACACUGACAGGGGUGACCCCUGGACUGACUGCUGCAGAAGCCCCCGGGACAGGGCUGGGGCCCAUCACCCGUCUCCAGGUGGCAGAGUCCCUCGGCCUCCUCCAGCCCACCUUGUUUGGAAAUACUGAGCUAUACUUUAAAACGUAUUCGAGAGAUUUCCAAUAAAUUUUUUCUGUACUU